GCCCGCGAACGUACUGCCUUGCAGGCAAUCGAACCCACCCAGGUUACAACUUGUUCCCGAUGUGGAACUUGGGGGUUGGGACUUGAGUAGGGAAAAAGAAUGUGUGGGGGUGAUAACUUGGGAGUGGAAAAAAUUGAUGUCAAGGACGUUGAAAUGGCAUCUGUUUUUACCCAGGCUAAUUACAUGUGUAAUGAAUGGCUGAUGAACCAUUAUUAAUUUCAAGCAAAUAAUCUACAGUUCGCUCUUGGGAAAAGAGCUCCAGUAGUACAGAUAACUUCUGUGAUGAGCCAAUUCUGAGACUGCACACUCUUUAUUCCUAUAUAAAUGCACAAAUUCGGGUCUCCAUACUACUGAAAAUGAUUUUAAGGGCAAAAUGAGAGAUGGGAGAAUUUAGGCAAAAAACAAGGGGUUAUCUUAUGCAUAAACAUCCAUUCUCCGGGGUUCCUACCAUAUGCGCCAGGGACAGAAGCAUUCUUUCUCUUCCAUCUCCCAUAAUCAGUGUUCCCAGCUGGCACUUGGCACCGGUGCCUUUAUCUCAGCACCAGUGCAAUAAUGGAGCGAUCCAUGGGAGGCUGGCUUUGUGGCAGGUGCAAUUUUACUCCUAAGGGAAACCAUCAACUACCAACUUCAUGUAUGCUCCCCUAUGAUAGGAACUCCAUGGCCAUGGGAGGGGAAUAUGGUGGGCCCCUCCUGGGCGGUCCUUGGAACUUAGAACAACCUUUUUUCUCCACAGUCUUGCCCUUGGGCCCAUUUACCCUGACUCAGUGGUUGCACACAGACUCCUCUCUGGCCUAGUGCUCAUUGCUGUUGCCAGCCAGCAGGGGCCCCAAGGGAUGGAAACACCCACUUAGCAGUCUGCCAAGCCAGGAGGUCAGCACGUGAGCAGACAGUGGUGUCUGCCCUCUAGGCCAAGGUGCACAGACAGCAGAUGUGUUAGGGGCAUUUGCCCCACUCCAGAUCAGCCUAGAAACCAGUUUGUCAAACAGAUGGCUGCGGGUGAUAAUAGUGUCCUGGACUGCUCCGUGUGUGCUUUCCAACCUCUUCCCAUGUCCCAAAUCACACACCCCACUUACUCUGUUACAGGAUCUGAGAACACAAAGCUCCACAGAAGUUAAAGCUGCCCCACAUCCUGCCCUCCACCCCUUUCUGGCUUCUUGCAAACUAACCACUGACUUGAGGGAGCCCCUAGUGUGGUAGCUGGGAAAUCCAAGAAAGAAUUGAAGGACGCUCAAAGCCUCUUGAGGACAGUGAAUGCUUUAGCUGCAGUCCUUUCUCUCCAGCCCUCUUCUCCAAGCCCGGAGUCUGCAAAGAAAUUGUAGGCCACCUGGCAUCAGAGCUUCUAACUGACCUUUCCCACUUUCUCUUCCUGGAAGACGUUCAGAGUCCCUGUCUCCCCAGGCGCCCGCCUCCCCACCCGCCCCUGGAAGGCGGGACUUGGCUGCACCCACGUGUGGUGGAGUUAUAUGCUCCUAGUCGGCAGAAGAGCUGGGGAGCGGAGCACUGAGCUGAAUCAGUUAGAGAAGUGGCACCAUGGCUGGCAAGAAAGUCUGCAUUGUAGGCUCCGGCAACUGGGGCUCAGUUAUUGCCAAGAUUGUGGGAGGCAAUGCAGCCCAGCUGUCACCCUUUGACCCACGGGUGACCAUGUGGGUGUUUGAGGAAGACAUCGGGGGGAGAAAGCUGACAGAGAUCAUCAACACACAGCAUGAGAAUGUCAAGUACCUGCCAGGGCACAAGCUGCCUCCCAACGUGGUGGCUGUCCCAGAUGUGGUCCAGGCUGCAGCAGAUGCUGACAUCCUCAUCUUCGUGGUGCCUCAUCAGUUCAUUGGCAAGAUUUGUGGUCAGCUCAAGGGCCACCUCAAGGCAAACGUCAUUGGUGUAUCUCUUAUUAAGGGGGUAGACGAGGGCCCUCAAGGGCUGAAGCUCAUCUCUGAAGUGAUUGGGGAGCACCUUGGCAUCCCCAUGAGCGUGCUGAUGGGGGCCAACAUUGCCAGCGAGGUGGCUGAUGAGAAGUUCUGUGAGACAACCAUUGGCUGCAAGGACCAGACCCAAGGAAAACUUCUGAAAAUGUUGAUGCAGACCCCGAAUUUCCGCAUCACAGUGGUGCAGGAGGUGGAUACAGUAGAGAUCUGUGGGGCGUUAAAGAACGUAGUGGCCGUGGGUGCUGGCUUCUGUGAUGGGCUGGGCUUUGGCGACAACACCAAGGCUGCGGUGAUCCGACUGGGGCUCAUGGAGAUGAUCGCCUUUGCCAAGCUCUUCUGCAGUGGCCCUGUGUCCUGUGCCACCUUCUUGGAGAGCUGCGGUAUUGCUGACCUCAUCACUACCUGCUAUGGAGGGCGGAACCGAAAGGUGGCGGAAGCCUUCGCCCGCACAGGAAAGCCCAUUGAGCAGCUGGAGAAGGAGAUGCUGAAUGGGCAGAAGCUGCAGGGGCCCCCGACAGCCCGGGAGCUACACAGCAUCCUCCAGCACAAGGGCCUGGUGGACAAGUUUCCUCUGUUCAUGGCUGUGUACAGGAUAUGCUAUGAGAGGCAGCCAGUGGGCGAAUUCAUCCAUUGCUUGCAGAAUCAUCCAGAACAUUUGUGAGCAGAGCUGGGGCCCAGGCCAGGCACCUUCUUUGCCCCAAUGGAGACAGUCAACAGCUUAGGGUACCUGGCCACCAGGACUUCUGGGACGCUCCAUGGAGCAGCCUCUUCUGGAGGACAGGAGGCUGUGGGGCCCAACUAUCUACCUGGGGAUCCUGAACCAUCAAGCAGCCUACAGUCUCUUGCCACCACCUCUCACCAGAAAUGGAGUUGCCUUGUCCCCCUCCAGAUGUGGGUCUUUCUCCUUGUCUUCUGGGCGGGGGAGACUCCAGCCCCAGUGCUGCCUGCUUUUUUGGGUGUGUGUGUUGGGGAGAGGAUGAAGGGAGAGGGAGGCAAGGGCUACCCACUGCUGCCUCACACAGACCAGGAGUCCCGGCCCCAAGCCCAGUUAAGUGGCUAAAGAAGUACCUCAGCCACAAGAGGAAUGAGGCAAGGGCUGCCAAGGAAGGGUCCGGGCUUUUGAGCUGACAUAGGCCUCAGGGACCCCCUUGCUCUGACCUCUGCCGGGCCCCACACAGCAUCAAUGGAUCUCAGUGUUUGUUAACAAAAUACAGAGCUCUCUGCCCCCUCCUAGCUUCUCCUAGCAACAUCUGCGUCCUCAGAAACCUCUGGUCAUUCCUCCCCAUCCCUCCCCCACCCAACCUCAAGGCUGCCCUAGCACCAGAGUUGCUGCCAUGCUGGCGUCUCUGGCCCUAGGGCUUGUCAUUCUCCCCAGGGACUUCCUAGUUCUUGCCAGCUCCUCCCCACCAUGCAUGACCUUUCCAAGACGACUCUCACCCUCUAGGCCAGCACCCUCGGCAGAGCAGGAACCUAAUCUGCUGACAGCAACACCUUUUCAGAGCAGGCUCAGAUCACUCUGCUUCCCUGUGACCUUUAUAUUUGCCCCACCUCCCUUCUCUGAAGCUCUAGUUGGGGGAGGUGUCAGUUGGGUCCCUCCUGCUUCUUUUCAAGGACCUCCCUGGCUUCAGCCCUUUCUUCUUCCCAGAACCUGUGCCUAUUUCUCAGCUGCUCCCAGAGCAGCCAGGGCAGCUAACCAGCACCUGCGUCAGGGGCCAGGGGCCAGAGAGUGGCCCAAAGCCUGCUCAGGGACUGUGAGCAGGGAGGGGUAAGCAAGGCCAGCUCUCCGUUGUCACCUGAAGGCUUUCUCACGAGGUACUGACUCCAUCAGCACCUCAGGAGCUGGGAAACUCAAGGAGGAAAAAAUUAAAACCACCCUACCCACUGUGGUGAGGGAAGAACAGGAAGGGGAGGAGGGAAUAUGCUUUGAACUGGCCUUGUUCCAGGAUGGGUUGGCAGCCAGGGAAUGUCACAGGUCAGCAGCCUGGCCCCUGGCUACAAAUAGGCCCUGUGGGCCUGCCAGGCUCCAGCCAUGUUCAGCAGAUCUCAGCUUCCUGUGGGGCAGCACCUGGCACACUGUGGCUCUGGCCAGCAUUAUGUUAACCCUUUCUUACUCCCUGCCAGAUCAGGGAGGCAGGCUCCCCUCCUCAGCCCUAGCCCUUGAGGAUUCACUGUCUUACCAGUGAAGGGCAGAGAUGCCUGAAUCAGGCUGUGAGAGUGAAGGCCACAGCCACCCCAGAUUUGGCUGGGCCCAGGUUGGGGCUCUGACUGAAUCCAGAGCUGCCUCCCCAAGAAGGUCAAAGUGAGGGCCGAGAGACAGCUCUUUUCUUUCGGCUGCUGCUGUAACCUUGUUAGAGAGUCCCACACCUUUGCCUACUUUUGUUCACUCCACAGUUAACAAUCUAAGGCCUUCCCAUCAAGCCUACUACUUGUCUACUCAAUAAAUUGUGGUUUUUCCAGAAAGGA